GCGUCCAGUACAAACUUCGGCGACGUCGGCAAUAAUGCUUCGCGUGAUCCAGAACCUUGGGCAACGUCCACUCUACUGCCGCAGUAGCAUUUUCGCUCGUCCUGGUGUGAAGUACUCGACUAGCCCAGCACCCGUUCGGGUUCGGUACGCUCCAAGUCCCACAGGCUACCUCCACUUGGGUGGUCUACGCACAGCCUUGUUCAAUUACUUGUUUGCCAAAGCCCAUGGCGGUGCCUUUCUUAUGCGGAUUGAAGACACAGACCAGACCCGAAAAGUGGACGGCUCUGUGGAGGCCUUGACGCACAGCCUGCAAUGGUGUGGCAUCCACGAAGACGAAGGCCCGACCGCGGGUGGCAACUUUGGGCCGUAUGUCCAAUCCGAGCGGCUGCACUUGUACAAAUCCUACGCCGACACCCUUCUCCAGGACGGUCAUGCGUACCGGUGCUUUUGCUCGCAGGAGCGGUUGAAGUCGCUUCGGGACGCGGCGGCCAGGUCCGGAAGCGGCACCAUGUACGACCGCGCAUGUCUUGGGUUGGACGCGGUCCAAGUUGAAGAGAAACUUGCUCGCAACGAGCCCCACACCAUUCGACUUAAAGUGUCUGAAGGCAAAACCACGUUGAAAGACCUCGUCCGUGGUUACGUGCAAUUUGACCAUAGUGUGAUCGACGACCAGGUUCUCAUGAAGAGCGAUGGAUUUCCUACUUACCACUUGGCCAAUGUCGUGGACGAUCACCUCAUGGGUAUCACGCAUGUGAUCCGCGGCGAAGAAUGGCUCUCGUCUACCCCCAAACAUUUGCUCUUGUAUCAGUUUUUAGGCUUUGAACCCCCCAAGUUUGCGCAUUUGGGGCUGCUACUGAACGAAGAUCGGUCCAAGUUGUCCAAGCGUCAGGGGGAUGUGGCCGUGGAAGAUUUCCAGAAAAAAGGCUUUUUGGCGCCUGGACUUGUGAAUUUUGUGGCGCUGCUGGGCUGGAAUCCGUCAGACGGCAACACACAAGAGAUCUUUACGUUGGACGAACUCAAACACUUUUUCUCUAUGGAUCACGUCAACAAGAGCGGCUCCGUCGUCAACGUCGAGCGACUUCGGUGGAUCAAUUCCAAGCAUAUUCGCCGCCUGUUUGACGAUCCGUCCAACAAGGCCGAUGUUGUGGCGAUGCUGCGGCCGUAUUUACUUAAUCAUGUCAAAAAUAUCGACGCUUUUGACGUUGAAUUUGUGUGGGCGGCAGCUUCGUUGAUGAAGGAACGGGUGGGCGCGCUACCCGACUUUGGGCCGUUGAUCUACUACUUUUUUGCACCUCCCGAUCUUGAAGCGUCUACGGCUGUCGAGAUGAAGGCAAAGUACUGGAACGACCAUACUACUGAUGCGGCGGUGGCAGACGUGACGAGCCGGUUGCAAGCGCUUCCCGAAGGCGGCGGCUUUACUUCUGUACGGAAUAUCCACGUAAACGAACUACUAUAUAUGGCAUGACUGUGCGUGUAGAACGCCGUGAUGGCCCUAAUCAAGGCCACUGCCAAAGAUCGCAAUCUGAAUCUAAAAAGCUUGCUCAUGCCGUUGCGGUAUCACUUGACGGGUAUGGAAGUGGGUGCUAGCAUUGGGGACACAUUCCAGCUCCUGGGCAAGGACGUUGCGCUUGGUCGACUUGUGGGCGCCCCCAGUACCACCACCACCGCUUAACCAUGAAACCUCAACCCAAAUCCUUUACGAAGCGCUCCAUAGCGGAAGAUUCCACCGGUAUAUUAUACUUUAAAGUACUAAGAAAUGACCGUGUCAAUUACAUUGGUGA